AUGGACACGACGUUGCUCGUGGGCGACGUCCAUAGCAACGGGGGCGAUAUCGAUUCCCUUUUGUCGAACAACGACUCGGGAGGUCGAAAAGAGUCCUCGCAGCUCCUUUACGAGCCGUACGACCGCCACCGCGCCCACGAUCUGCGCGCCGAGUGCUAUCGUCGUGGCCUUCGGCCCAUCAAAAAGGGGCCGAACGCGAACGAUAACAAAAAUGGGUACAUUGAGUUACUACGCAAAAAUGAUGGUCCUCUUUCGAAACCGCAAAGUACCCAAUCGUCGAAACGAGAAGACGAGGAGACAGAAGAUGAAGAAAGCUUUCGGAAUGCUGGGGACACCACCGUAAAUGAAGUCCAGAUCAUCACUAACAUGACGAACAAGCGGAAAUUACCCACUAUGACGAUACAGACUCCAACGGCUGCAACGUCUGCAGCUGCAGCAGAUUUGCAGGGUUUCUAUGAAGGAGGACAGCCGAACCUUGUGUCGGUUCAGCCAAUGCAGUACCCACCAACUUUGACAAAACCGUCGGUCAACCCAACGACCGAUUUGGAGAUUCUCAGUGGCAUUGCCAAUUCCUAUACGCAGAGUGUUGCAGCAGAUGGACAAUUAUGUGGAAAUUGUCGAACGGUCGUUACAGAUCAGUUGAUGGAGUCCAUAAGGUUGGGGAAAACGAAGAUGCAGCUGCACGAGUGGCACAAGCUGAGUGAGCAACGGGAUCGGGAUACGCGCCAUUUAAAGCAGGUGCUAGACAUUCUGCAGGAUUUACGAAAGUCGUACCGAGAAGCACAGGUGCACGGCAUGAACCAUGACUUGCUGGUGGAGUUGCAGGAUGAUAUGGCGUUUUUUCAAAGUUUGAAACAACAGACGAAGGAGAGGAUGCGGCUAGCAAUGCGCGAUCUACGCGAACAUUCGACGACCAAGCCCAAUGGUACGGCGUAA